AUGGCAGCCCCGGUUCCAGCCCCUUCUACAGCUUCAGCUUCACCCGCGGCUCUGACUCCAGCUUCAAGCGAAGAAUCAAAUAAGAUUGAAAAGCAUGUAGAAACUCAAGAUUCUACAAUGAACUGCGCCAACCCCACUGGAGAAGGUUCCAGCAGUAUGGUCGAAAGUCCCAGCAGGAUGGUCGGAGGUUCCAGCGGGAAGGUUGAAGGUCCCAGCAGGAUAGUUAAAGGUCCCAGCAAGGUGAAUAAAGGUUCCAGCAGGAUGGUCCCAAAGGACAAUAAAAAAUCGAAAAUGAAUGGUGCCAACGCACCAGAGACUGAUGAGAUAUGUAAAAGCAUGAAGAAGAUUCGGUUAUCUCGGCGACGUAAGACCAGCUCCUUAUCGAUAAAUGACAAGAAAGAAAUUUUUUGCAACUUUUUGGAAACUUGUGUAAGAGCGUUGGAUAUGUUGUGCAACAGUAAGGCACGCAAGGAGUCGUCGUCGUCGGAGCCACAGGACGAUCAUGGUAAUAAACAUGUAGUGAACACUGAAGCCAACCGGCCUCGCCCCAGCCGCCGCCACAGAGAAUCGGACGACGAAGAUGCUGAAAGAAGUAACGACAGAAAUAAGCGGAUACGAAAUUUGAACCUAUCAAACACUAACGGAAAUAACAAUUACUUCGUUCAAAUAGUAGAUAGUACACCACAAGAAGAAUGGGUUGGUAUUGGUACCGGACAAACGCUGCUGCAUAGAGAUAAAUUUGUAAAAUUAAAAUGGGACUCUUACAGUGCUGCCACAAGGAGUCUUCUAGUCGCAGUCUUUGGUAAAGAGACUUUGGCAACGCAUUCGUUAACUGGAAAGAAAUCACCGAUAUAUCCAGAUAGGCCGCCUAAAGAAUGUCUUGACCCCACGAAGGUCAAUGACAUUAUAGUUGAAGUUACGAAUAAUUUUGCAGUGACAGAAAAAUCAAUAAAAAAUAUAAUAACAACAAAGUGCGCCGACGAAUGUAAGAUGGAGAGAAUGCGUAUUCAGAAGGCCGAAAACGAGCGAAAUUAAGUUAUCAUGUUAGCCUCGGACAUGGAAGAACAAGACGUCGUUUUUAGAACAUUAUUUUGAUUUGAUUUUUCAUACUUUUAAAUAUGUGAUAUAUAUGUAUAAGUGUGGGCGUGGGAGAGCCAUGCUUUGGCUAAAAUGGGCUCGACGG